GUGUACAUUUUUAAGAAUUUUCGCGUUAAAAAAUCCAUAACCGUGUGGUGUUUAGUGUUUUUAUCUCAUAUGUAUAGGUCUCUUCAUGUUGUUUUAAAGAAAAAAUGCCACGCUACUGCGCAGUAAAGCUUUGCCGAAACCGUGGGGGCACUUUAUCAAAACAACACAACAAGAGAAUCAGUUUCUAUCCUUUCCCUUUGCAGGACAAGCCCAGGCUCCAAAAAUGGGUGAACAACAUGAGGAGGGGGGAAUGGACCCCGAGUCGACAUCAGUAUCUAUGCAGCGAGCAUUUUAGUGAGGACUGCUUUGAUAUUCGCUGGGGUAUCCGAUACCUGAAGAAUACGGCCAUCCCCACCCUUUUCCCCUCUACCGGGAACGAUUGUGAAAACAAAGUUUCCCUUCAGAGUCCAAAAGACGGACUUCCUUCAGAGACUAAGGACUCAGAGUCUGUCCCCACUAAGAUUCCCCUUGUUUUAAGGAAAACGUACCCAGAAACACAGCCAGACUUAAAUGACAAUACUGUUACAAAACAGUCGCCAACGCUACUCAAAGUCCCUCUUUUACCAGAGUCUGCAAUCUCUUGUCCGUCAAGUCUCCUUGAGACAUGCACUACUGUUUGUCAGGUAACAUUGGACAGUGGAGUUUCAGCAGCAUCCUGCCUCACAUCAUCGAUAUCUUCUGAAGAGCAAACUGACUCCAUCAUGGAGUUGUUUGGAUGUGAAACACUUGGCCCUUCCUUCACCAACAAGAAGCAUAUAGGUGGCAUUUCCUUUCAAUCACAGCAGAAUCUAGAAUCGAUUAAAGACAAACAUCCAGGGAGCCUUUUGGAAGAGACAAGGCUAAGUGAUGGAGAGCACACUUUGGUCCACGAGCACUCGUACUGCAGACCAGACACUGACAAAGAUGAGCUGUUGAGUAAGAUCUUGAGUCUGCACGCAAAGAUUUUGGAACUGGGUCGCAGAGAGGAGAGCACUGUGGCUAAAAUUCACAGUUUGGAGAAUGAGAUUGCGCUCCUGAAGAGGGAUGGGGCCGUUUUUAAAGAGAAGCAAAAGAUUUUAGAAGAUUACAUAUCAUCUAUUUUACUCUAAUCCAGUGUUUUGUUACAUCUCAGUGGAUUGUCUUUUUCUGCAAAACUGCUUCAGUAACCCAUUACUGCAGGUCUAAUCAUGUCCACAUGGUGGCACUGUUUCCCUUUUCACUCCUUUACAAUUGCAUGUAUAAUUUUUUUGUAAUAUGAGCAGCACUUUUUUAUUUUUGCAUAAAAGGUCCUAAAUUUUCAUCAUGUUGUCUUGACUGUGAAAGUGUUCUAUGAUGUGCUGUUUUGUGAGGGUAAGGGAAGGGUGGGGAUUUGAUCUUUUAUGUUAAUUUUUGUAUAUCCAUCAGGAAA